AUGAGAGGCCUCGGCGUGGUCGCAUCGAGCUGGGCACGGCUCCGACAAGGGCCGAGACUGACGCUCUUUGCGCGAUGCCUCGUCAUCAUGGUCCUGGAGGUGCUCGCAAAUGCCUUUCUCUGGAUCCUCUGUGCCAUUCUCUUUACGUGGGGCAACGACCGCAAGAUUCUCAGCCUGGCCCUCGUCGCGUGGACCACGGGCCUCCGCCACGGCCUGGACGCCGACCACAUCUCGGCGAUUGACAAUGCAACGCGCCGCAUCGUGUCCGUGCCCAGCGACACGGGCCGACGCCGGCGGCCCGUCACCGUCGGCCUCUUUUUCAGCCUGGGCCACUCGACCAUUGUAUUUGCCACGACGGUCGCCAUUGCCAUUUCCGCCAGCGUCGCAGACCACCUCGACGGCGUCAGCUCCGUGGGCGGCAUCAUCGGCGCCGCCGUCUCGGGCUCCUUUCUCUUUCUCAUUGGCUGCAUCAACAGCGUCAUCCUCUACCGCACGUGGAUGCGGCUCCGAGCGGCCCGUCGUCGCGAGGCCGAGAAGGAGAAGGAAGAACCAAGAGAAGAAGCAGCAGCAGCAGCUUCGGACAAGACCGAAGAGGGAGUCGCUCGGGAAAAGCAGCGUUUCAACGGCUGCAUGACGCGCCUCGCCCUCCCGCUCCUCAAGGCCGUCGAUCGACCGUGGAAGAUGUUUCCCGUGGGCGUCCUCUUUGGCCUCGGCUUCGACACGGCCAGCUCGAUUGCGCUCCUGGGUGUCGCGGCGCUGGCCUUUCAGCGCUCCAACAACGAGAAUGGAGGCGGCGGAUCAGACGGCGACUCGAGAGUCAUCCUCCUGGCGCUCCUCUUUACUGCUGGUAUGACGAUGGUCGACUCGGCCGACAGCUGCCUGAUGAUCUGGGCCUAUGCGCCAGAGCAGACGGGGUCGGGCAGAAAGAGAUUUGCCCUGCUUCUGAGAGACGAGGAGAGACAGGCAGGGGUGGAAGAGGGACAGGAGACGGUCGAAGAGAGGCACGAGGAAAACGACGCCACGCCAGACGAUGCAGAAGGCGCAAGGGCAGCAUCCCAAGAGCACACGGGGAUGGAGAAAAAAGAGUGUUGGAAUGAGAGGCAGGCAGAGGGAGAGAUGGAAGAAGAGGUACAAAGAAAAGGAGGGGAGUCUAGAAGGGGAGAGGAGAGAGAGAAGAUAGCAGAAAGGCUCGACGCCCCGGCCUCUCGCUUCUCGCUCCUCCUCACGCUCCUCUCGAUUCUCGUCGCAUUUGCCAUCAGCAUCAUUAUGCUCCUCGGUCUGAUUGGCGAUGAAUGCGCCCGAUGCGCCCGCGCGGCCGACAAGCAGGAGCAGACGGGCGACGGCGAUCUCGAGGGACGCUGGUGGCUCGCCUGGCGGCGCGCCAACGACAACAGCGGCUACGUGGGCGCGGGCAUCGUCGGCGCAUUUGCCCUCUGCGUCGCCGUCUACUUUGUCACCUCCAUGUUGCUACUCAGAAAGAAGCCGGGGAGGUCUUGA